ACAGGCGGCCAGUUCUGCGGGAUGCGAUUGACGAAAUCGAGUUCUGUUUUUCAUUUGUGUGUCUCCUCUUCGGUGGAAUUCUCGAUUCGCGAGGCGGUUUUCUUAAUCAGCGGUUUUGAGAACAAUAGAGUAUGGUGCAGUUUUCGGUGAUGAAUACUUAAUAAUAAACAAUCGAAGUUUCAUCACGUGUUGAUUGGAUAAAAAUAAAACAGUGAGGUGAUUGAUGGGUUAGAUGGAACGCGUUACAGUACUCAAGUCGCCAUAUUCGGGAUUGAUAGAGACAUUUGCUUCUAAACCCUGCUUCUCUCAAAUCGAACGGGUUGCGGGUUAAUUGGCAAUUGCGGGUUUACAAAUAGUGUGCGCGACUCGAAUUAAAGUGCAAGGUGCAAAUUCCUCUGUCGUUGAUCUACGAGAUCAGAUAUUUUCAAUUCCUCCCCUGGGGCGAUGGCGGCCCUCCUGCUUAUGUUGAGUGUUGGGAUGUAGAUAUUCUACUCCCUGCGUGAUUUAUUUCCAAGCUUGACGAACAGCUGUUUGGACAGUGUUUAACAUUAGGCGGGAUCUGAUAAGAUAUCGACAAAAUUGAUCAUGUUUGUUUUAAGCAUUAGUCGAAUGUGUGUCGAAUAGCUGAGCUAUUCAGUUAAUCUCUCUCCCUUCCCCUCACCUCUUCUCGUGGGAUCUGAGAGUAGCAAAGUGCACGAUCACAUCUAUCACCAGCACACGAAUCGGGGAAAAUAUCUUUCGAUAUCGUCAGCGUAGCACAUGCAUUUUCGCGGUACGGUGGCAACGACUUGCUCGAGGGGGUCAGGCAGGUUGUUUAUUAGAGUUGCAAAUUAGCCGUUAAUUAGGUAGGGUCCCUGAGGUAUUUUUCGCUGAUGGACGGGUGCGCUGUUUGGCAGUGCUGCCAGUUUGAAGGUUUUCGUGUUUCCUGGACGGUCCCAAUAAGAAUAAAUAUCUCGCAAGAGUAAAAAUCCUAGAAAAAAAAAUGAACGGUCCUAGCUCCACACCGGGGGAAAUAAUGUUUGGUAGCUCUGGAAGAACCCGCGCCAUUGUGUCCAUCAACUGAAACUAACCCUGGCACGCAGAAACAGGCUAGCAAGGCAGCCAGGUCGGCCAACUAUUACAGGCCGCCAUCAACUGGACGGGAUAAUUGAGUGUGAGUGAGAGUGCAUCGCGGUUGGAAGAGGGCCGAGACCCGGACCGGUUGCAUCAAAUAGCAUCAACCAGAAGCAACGAUUCAUUCCGGAAUCGCCUGAGCAGCAAGACUCAUUCUGGAUCGGUAUUUUGUGCGAAUAACAUCGCCCGUUUUUCCUCAUCAUAGGAGUAUCCGUGUGGUCAAAACGAGAGGGAGCAACGAAUUUUACUCACACGGUUCGAGUGCGUACAAAUCUGGGGGUUCGUGCGGUUUGCGCUUAGCAGUUUUAGUCCUAUACAAAAUAAGCGGAUCAUCUGCCUGGUGUAGUUGGGGCAAGUGGUUGAAGUAUUAUAAUUCUAGCGCAUUUCCGGCAAUUAAAAGCAGCGACUGUGAAGAUUGCCAGGCGACCUGGUGCCGAUUUGGGUGGAAAUUCAACCCGAUUUUCCCAAAACGAAAGGUAGCGGAAUUCGGCCGAGUGCAUAGUUAUAUGUGGUUUCUCCCUAGUGAAUAAUUGGAUCAAAUCAGUAAAGGGGGUUGGAAAGUGAAGUGAAGUGAAGUGGCCCGACGCAAAAUGUCCAACAGGUGGUCUCUUACGGCGGGUGGGGGUGGAUUUAGCAGAACACCGGCCAGUGAAGAGUGUGGGGAUGAAUUUGAAAUUGCAGUUCUGUUGGAUAAAUCGGGAAACAGCCCCCGGUUGACAAGUGCACGUCAACGAUCAGCGCCACUGGUUGGUUUCAGUAGUGUUAAAAGUGCGGGUGAGGGAAAUGAGCAAAUCGACGGGGGCAUCCAUGACCAAACCCGGCGGAUUAAGUAUGGCGAUGGUGGUGAUCGUACUUCCGGUUUCGGUGCUUCCGAUGAUGAUGAUGAUGAUGUGAGUGAUGACCGUGACAGUAACGAUGAUGAGCGGAUUAUGAUAUGCGAUGAGGAACCAAGGCAGCAGCAUCCCAGUCAGUCUGUUAGGCGAAAACGAAAUGGAAAUGCUAAAGUGGACAUGUAUGAACCGAACUCCUCGAGGGGACACUCCCCGACGGUUCCCAGCCAACGGGAUCACCCCGGGACGCUAGGCAUGAAUCUCAGCAGCAAUCCGGCCACAACGACUGGGACCGGAACCGGAACCGGAACCAUCAACAGCAGCAACCCGUCUCCGUUGGCCUCUUCACCGACGACAGUUAAGCUUAGUAAUAACAGUAAUACUACUAGUAAUAACAACAACCACCACAAUACCAAUACCAAAACCACCAGUAGGGAUGCGAAAAGUUCCAAAAAGAAGCACAAACAUGCGGACGAGGAGCGGGACAUCAUCGGAGAUCUGAUCGGGGACUACGGCAAGUGGCAGUUUGUGAUGACCUUCCUGUUGUCGCUGUUCCAGGUUCCUAAUACGUUCCACAUCUAUUCGCCCACGUUUCAGGCAGUAGAAAAAGGGCACUGGUGCCGACGGCCGUCGAAUCUCAACCAUGUUCCGGUGGAUCUUUGGCGAAACGUAACCCGAUCCGAGGAGAACUGCCGGAUACUGGACUACGAUUGGAGUUCGGUGCAGACGGAAUCGGCGCUGCGAAAUCUGGAGCUAUCGUCAGAGUUGAACCACACGACCUGCAGUUCCUGGGAGUAUGCCACCGAUGAUGAACUGGGCAAUACUUGGGCGUCGGAGUGGAAUCUGGUGUGCGAUAAGGAGUAUCUUAAGGUGGUAGCCGAAAUGUUCUUCCUGGUCGGGGUUGCUUCCGGCGGGAUUGCCAGUGGAGUCCUUUCGGACAAAUUUGGCCGUAAAAAGAUGCUAUUCAUUUCAGCGGUAUUGCAGUCAAUUUUUGGUAUUGCUCUCUACUUCGUGGAUUCACUCAUCAUUCUGCUGAUACUGCGGGCACUGCUCGGAAUCGUUUCGGUUUCGGUGACUUAUGCCGGGCUCAUUUUGGCCAUCGAAUACGUGGACGGAAAAUGGCGAACCAUUGCAGGGAUGUACAAUUUGUUUCCACUGCCCGUUUCGUACAUUAUGAUUUCCGGAAUAGCCUAUCUGACUCAGGACUUCCGGACUCUACAGCUGUGCAUCGGACUUCCCGGGGUGUUCCUGUGCUUUUUGUGGUUUGUCCUGCCGGAAUCGCCCCGGUGGCUUCUGUGCAAGGGUCAAAUCGCCGAAGCCAAGGAAGUGAUCCGAAAGGCUGCCGCCUUCAACAAUCGACCCCUGCCGGACAACCUGGACAAACUGCUCAAACCACCGAUGGACGAGGAGGACAAUAUGGCCGGGGUGUGCGAUCUGUUCCGAACCCGAUACCUCCGACUGGUUUCGUUCUGUUUCAUGUGCAUCUGGUUCACUAUGAACCUGGUUUACUACGGACUGGUGCUGAACAUGAACAGCCUUGGCGGGAAUAUUUAUCUCAAUUCGGCCAUCGCGGGUGUGGUGGAAAUACCGGCCAUUGCUCUGGCAAUGUACAUCAUCAAUAAAACGGGCAAGAAGUGGCUGUUUUGUGCGACAUUUUUCGCGGCAGCGCUAGCCUGUCUGUGUGCCGCUUUCGUGGAAGGAAACGAGGAUUAUCUCUCAAUUAAGCUCACCUUUGUGAUGAUUGGUAAAUUCACCAUUAGCGCUGGUAACACCAUAAUGCCGGUUUACACCGCUGAACUCUACCCGACAGCGAUCCGAAAUGUUGGAGUCGGUGCCUGCAACAUGGCUGCCGGAUUUGCCCUAGUGCUGACGCCAUAUCUCUCUAUACUGACCAAAAUAGAGGACCACCUGCUAAUGUCCCUCUUGACGGCCUGGUGCAUCUUUGGCGCUAUUGUGAUCGUAUUUCUACCGGAAACUAUGCAACACCACGAGCACGAAGAGCCACGGGAUGAAGAACGAGAUAUCGAUACCCAACUGGCGGCAACUUGAGCUGUGAAUUAAAGAGCGUGUUAGUGUUGUUUCGUAGAUCACAUCGUCUGAUGGAUGGAGAGAGAAAGAAAGAGAGAUUGUUCACUAAAACUGCCAUAUCUAGAAUCUGUUUAACUUAUUCCCAGAGUUUGUCAAGGUUAGGAUUUAGGAGAGUUUCGAAUAUUGAAGGGAGCCGCCUAGUGGUGUUUUGUGCUGUUCGGAUUGCUGACAAUGGAAAAGGAUACAUUUUUAUAUCUACACAAAAUUAUAACCACCAAUUUUAGGAACACAACACUGUGGAAAACAAAAUAUCAAAACGUCAAUUGUCGUAAAUUUAAAACAAAAACCAAUAGAGGACACUAGUACACCGUCAAUGUUUGUAUAGCUAUAUAUUUUGUAUCGAGUAAGGUGCCACACACUGCAAGCAAGUGAAUGUUAUGUGUAGCUUAAGGAAAGUAGGGCAGCAUUUAUUGCGUAAAGUUAAUUGCAGUCGCAGUUCAAUUACAGUAAAUUCAAUCUGAUAUGUUUGAAUGCCACUCACACGUACACACACAUCGCUCACAUAUCUUUUAACAAGAACAACAAUAGUAAUUAUUAUCAGAUCUGCAAGAAGUUUCAUCAUACAAUGUUGACUCUACAUAGACACCGUUUUAAGGUAUGACGAAUUUUUCGAUAAUUUUCCUGGCUGGUCCAGGGAGAAGUUUUUUUUCAAUCCGGAAUACACCGAUUGAAGUGUUCCAUCAUAACAAAAGUAAAGCUGUAUACACUACAAUUAUUUACAAACUUAUACGAACAAAUUUUAACUGUAUACUAACAAUAAAUAAACAAACAAACCCCAAAACAGCCAGAGUAUUUUUUCGUAUACAAAUCUGCUUCUGAGCCAAAAGCAAACCGAUAAGCUUUGCGAUUGUUUUGUCAGCUAUUGAUUGUAUAUUUAAAGCAUUGGAAGAAAUACUGUUUUUCCCAUAAUUCGUUCUCUCAUUUUUUAAACUCAAAUUUAACUCAAAAUUUUUUUUAUUAGUUAGACAGAAUAUUUUUUUUCAAAAUUUCAUCUAAGGAUCAUAAUUUUUAGAAGUUUUUUAAAAAUUUAUAUUUAUAAAUUUUUAUUCCUUCUUUUAAAUCGUGAAACAACUUCAUCAAAAUAGUUUGUGCUUACUGUCUUUCAGGUGACAAAAUAAAUCGCAGGCUACAUGUCGCGCCACUAGUUAGAUGUUGCAUGCAAUCGUUUCCGUAAUACAUAAAAUCCUCAUCAUAGUCAUGAUACAGAUACGUUGCAUCAGAUAAUGCAUUUAUGUAGCAGAGUGUGUUGCAAGCGACACAGUAGAAUCGUGAAAAUGAGAUCAAAUUUUAGUGUUUCCAUGAGAUAUAAAAUUUAAAAUAAAAACAGAAACUAGCUACGCUAAGACUCAAUAUUUGUAUUGGCGUGAUAAUCGCUGCACCCUAGAUUUGUGAGAUACCCUUCAUUAACCCAUUCGAUGUUGUGUUGUGAUAACUUGUGUGUUAUAGUAUUUCAAUUAUAAAAAAGAAGGGAUCGACCAAGAUAAAAAACCAAAUAUAACAAAUAACUCACUACAAAAAAGUUAAACCAACGUAACUUUUACCGUGUUUGGAUUGUAGAUUACAUGGAAAAUGAAUCGCAAAAAUUAGACCAACAAUUUUGAAACAUGCAAUCUCGUCUCAAUGUCAAGUGAGGGAGUUUAUUAGCUGUACUUAAAAAAUGAGUUAUCCUAAUAAAUAACAACAACAAAAAAAGAGCAGUGCAAUAAUGUUUUGCAAUAAGCUUAAUCCCAGAUUUAGAGCUUUCAAAUUCAAGAAAAGAAACAUUUCUGUCUGAGCAUAAUCGUGACUUGCUUUGAGGUGUCGUCUGUUGGAGAUAGGUAUUUUUUUCGCACUCCAAAACGAAAAAAAACAUCCGGAUAAUAAAAUUUGUUACAAGACGCUGGAAUAUUUAGAUGUUAAAGCACUUUAAAGAAUUUAUGAAAAAAACUGAUUUAGAACGGCAAAGCAACUGUUGAAUUUUGUUUUGAAAAGCAUUUAUGAAGUCCCACGAUAAUAACUUUUUUUUAUUUUGCAUCUAACAAGCUUUGGCUAAAAAGUAUUUUUAUCGGUUUAUGUAGCCGUGCUGUUUUGAUGCUUCGGUACUUAAACGCUAGACGUCAGAAAUAAAAAUAAAAAAAAAACUAAAAAGUAAACGUAUCAAAAACAGUAUGGAUGUGUAAUUGUAUUGAAAGAAACAAACAAAAAAAGUUUACAAUUAAAAUUAUGCCUAAGAGAUCGUUUAAUGUUUAAGAGUAUUAAUAAAAAAGAAGAAGAAUAACUCAACUUGCUACUUGAUGAUUGCUAGAAUUAUGUACAUAACCACAAAUCAUCCAACAUCAACUCCAAUCUAUGAAAAAAAAAACUGAUUGUUAUGCCAAAGUAUCUCCAGAACGCCACUUCAAAAAUAAAU